UUGGCUCUUGACAUUCACAGUUGCCCUUUGGGCGCCGUGUUGUUGCAGGCGACAGAGCCGUCGUAUCUCUCCCGGUAUAUGAACGUAAGAAGGCAGAGAUAUGGACUGAGAUCUGACCGCGCGAAUCGACGGAGAGCAACGCUGUUCAACGCAACCACUGAUAGCGUUUCUAACAGCUGACGGGUUUCGGUUGGGUCUAUAAUAAUGACCAAAGAAGAUGAAAUUCCUGACUGGGCGGGAGCACAGGACUUCUAUGAGAAGUAUGAUCCAAAGGAGAUCCUUGGAAGAGGGGUGAGCAGUGUGGUUCGACGCUGCGUUCAUAAACGCACCGCUCAGGAUUACGCAGUCAAGGUCAUAGACAUCACGCCGUCAGAUAAGAUGAGCCCUGAGGAGAUCGAGGAGAUCAGAAAUGCCACGAUAAAAGAGAUAGACAUCCUCAAGAAAGUGUGUGGGCAAGAAAAUAUCAUUCAACUAAAGGAUUCCUUUGAAACUAAAGCGUUCUUUUUCUUAGUGUUUGACUUGAUGAAGAAAGGGGAGCUUUUUGAUUACCUAACCGAGAAGGUUACACUAAGUGAGAAGGAGACAAGGAAGAUUAUGCGCUCGCUGUUAGAGGUGGUUCAGUUCCUUCACUCUCAAAACAUUGUGCACAGAGAUCUAAAGCCAGAAAACAUUCUUCUGGACGACAAUAUGAACAUCAAACUCACCGAUUUUGGCUUUGCUGUGCAGAUUGCACCAGGACAAAAACUUAAUGAGGUAUGUGGAACGCCAGGCUAUCUAGCUCCAGAGAUUAUCGAAUGCUCCAUGGAUCCUCACCACCAAGGUUACGGGACCGCCGUUGAUCUCUGGAGCGCGGGGGUGAUCAUGUACACCCUUCUUGCAGGCUCUCCUCCUUUCUGGCACAGGAAGCAGAUGCUUAUGCUGCGCAUGAUCCUGUCGGGAAGCUACCAGUUCACCUCUCCGGAGUGGGAUGACCGUUCAGACACUGUCAAAGACCUGAUCACCAGGUUGUUGGUGGUGAAUCCCGAGGCACGUUACACUGCCAGAGAUGCCUUAAACCACCCUUUCUUCCAGCAAUAUGUGAUCGCAGAGGUGCGACAUUUUAGCCCGUACAGGAAGUUUAAGGUAAUCUGCAUGACAGUUCUGGCGACGAUGCGCAUUUACUGCAAUUAUCGACGUGCCAAGCCAGUUACCAAAGAAGUGAUCAAGAGCGACCCCUAUGCGGUAAAGCCUAUCCGCAAGCUCAUCGAUGCCUGUGCUUUCAAGAUUUAUGGACACUGGGUAAAGAAGGGCCAGACGCAGAACAGAGCCGCCCUGUUUGAGAAUAGUCCAAAAGCUAUCUUGCUUUCUCUAGCAGCAGAAACAGACGAUUCAUCUUUCAGAAUGAUGUGAUAUAUGCAACGCACACUACUGAAAACUGCACAGGAUGGUGGUCAUGAAAUCAAUACCUCAUGCUGCGUGAUAUCGUGAGAAGUUUCGAUACGAGAGUAAAUGUACACUUUUGUGAAACUGUACUGUACCUGGAUACCUGAAGUUGUUAAUGCAGCUCAUAUUUAUUUAUUCUAAUGUGUGAUAAAUUAAUUGAAAUGAUAUAUAUAAAAAAAUGUGUAUGCAAACUGGUUUUUUGAUGUUGUGUAAAAUUAUCCAGAUCUGUCAAAUAAUGUUGAUAAAAAUACUUUCUUUAUCAAUGGCCAGUCAAAUAUAAAAAAUAUAAUGAAGUA